UGAUCAAACCAAUAAAGGAAAGAAAACAAAGUGAAGUUGUUUUAUACCAAACCCAAACGCAAAGAAUCAAACUGUUGAAGAAAGUUUCCACCGCCAUGGAUUCACAGCGACCAACCGGAGCAUCGCCACCUCCCGAUUCAACUCCACCUUCCAUUUCCCUCGUCUUGCUCUCAUUCAUAGCCAUUGCCGCUAUCGUUUUGGUUCCUACAGGAUCACCAUCCUUAUUAAAUUCCUUGUCAAUUGUUCACCAAGUCCCGGAAGGCCAUGUGGGGGUAUAUUGGAGAGGGGGUGCGCUUCUCAAAACAAUUACAGAGCCAGGUUUCCAUACGAAGAUGCCUUUCUUAACUCAGUUUGAGCCUGUCCAAGUGACACUUCAAACAGACGAGGUGACAGAUAUACCGUGCGGUACAAAAGGAGGUGUUAUGAUCGUUUUUGGGAAGAUUGAGGUUGUUAACCGACUGCAUAAAGAAUCUGUCUACGAGACAUUGCUCAACUAUGGUGUGCAUUAUGACAAGACAUGGAUAUAUGACAAGAUUCAUCAUGAGAUUAAUCAGUUCUGUAGCUCUCAUAGUCUUCAGCAAGUAUAUAUUGAUGUGUUUGAUCAGAUUGACGAAAAGAUGAAGGAUGCACUUCAAGUUGACUGUACCCGCUAUGCUCCCGGUAUUGAGAUCAUUGGUGUCCGUGUCACAAAGCCAAAUAUUCCAGAAAGCAUAAGACGCAACUUUGAACAAAUGGAAGAGGAGCGUACUAAGGUCUUAAUUGCUAUUGAGAAGCAGAAAGUAUCUGAGGAGGAGGCAGAGACUGCAAAGAAGAUGGCUAUUAGUGAGGCCGAGAAAAAUGCCAAUGUCAGCAAGAUCCUUAUGGAACAAAAGUUGUUGGAAAAAGAUAGUGCUAGAAAACAGGAAGAAAUUGAGAAUGCAAUGUACCUAGCUCGCGAGAAGAGCCUGGCCGAUGCAGAUUUCUACCGUGUAAUAAGGGAAGCUGAAGCAAACAGAUUGAAGCUUACCCCUGAAUUUCUUGAGCUGAAAUUUAUCGAAUCCAUUGCCAAUAACACAAAGAUUUUCUUUGGGGACAAGAUUCCAAAUAUGAUUUUGGAUCAACGGCUGCUUGGAAACUUCCUCGUUGACGAAGUUUCUAGAGGUGCGGCUAUAAAAAAGACAAAAGCAGAUAUCUAAACUCCACUAGCGGGAGCUCCUAUCUCUCAUAAGUUAUAUUCUACAGUAAACAAUGAAAAGAAGACUUAUGUUUUAAAAACUGUUUUUUGUGUGGAGGGAACGAAGAUAGCAGGCGGGUCUUUUAGAUACAGUGGAAAAUAGAAAAUUGAGCAUAUAGGACCAUUGUAUAAUGUUCUGAAGUCAUUAUUACAUUUUUGUAAAAGCAAGUUGUUACAUUUUCUUGACUAUAUGUGCUGUUGCUGUUUUGUACAUACUCCUACUCACCCUUCCCACGUUGUAACUAGUUUUUUCAGAUAUAAUACAGAAGUUAUGCUCCAA